AUGGCUCUGGAGAGCACGUCGCUCCUGAAAGCUGGGCUUCUGUUGUUUGUGGCAGCUCAAGUACUUCCGUCUUCCGUAGUGUCUGGCUGCAACAGGGUUUUCUACGAGGGGAUGAUCAAUGAGCACUGCCUAGCUAAGUUCAAAUUGGACAUGGGAGCACUGGACCAAGGCCUAUGGUGCAGCUGGCGGGACACCAUGGAGAUCUAUGAGCGACUAACAAACUGCACCUACCAGGUGGCCUUGAGGAUGGACUGCUACUGGCCCAAUCAGAUAAUCGACAGCUUCUUCAUGCAGAUUCACCGGAUCUACUUCCACGACUGUCCUCUGACCGGCCGACUCCUCCACGACCCGCCGACCAGCAUCCUCGCCCCAUUCAUCGCAGUGCCAGUUCUAGUCACCCUACUUAUGACUGCCCUAGUGGUGUGGAGGAGUAAACGCACAGAGGGGGUUUUAUAG